AUGACUCCAGAGGCAGUCUCGUACUUAUUCCACCACAUUUUCCUCCCUCCCAAACUGCCCCAGAAGGAUGACUACGAUCCAUUAUACGACAUAGCACUAGUUGACCAAGUUAUUGGAGCCCUUCGCCAAUUCCGAGAUCAUGUCUCAAGUCAGGAAGCCGAUAUCUGUACGGCCGUUGUCACAAUGAUCACCCGUUUGAGAAAGACAUAUAGCUUGCAUGGCGGGGUGGAUGAAAUGGGGCUCAAGAAUGCACAAAUUGACUUGAGUGCCAAAGGCGGCUUCCUCCCCAUCUUCAUCCGUGCUCAGAAUGCUGGCGUUUUAAUGACCAAAAAGAGCGAUACAAUACAUGUUGAGUCCUUCGAGCUGUCUCCGCGCAAUCAAAGUGUUAUUCAGACAAUAGGCCGCCUUCAGCGUGACUUUCCAGGCACUACCAUCGCUUUGGAUCUAGAAACCUUCAAUGAGUCUGGUCUUCAGGACACCAUUGCCACAACUCUUGCAAAGAUGAGCCAUCAGUCUGUUCAGGGAACGAAAAGCAAAGUGCGCAAGGCCGGACAAGAGCAUGAUGAGAAUCGUGAUACCACGGACCCCCAGAUGGUCACUGAGCUUUUCAUGUCGUUCCUGCACUCGAUGUGCGUCAACGACGAGAAUCCGCAGAUACAGAAGAACACCCGCGAUGAGGUGAUGUGGCAUAACACAAAGUAUCCUUGGCGAAGAUCUCCCUUCUGGCUGCUAGUGCGCGUGAUACUACAGGUCACCUUUCACAGAUUGUCUUCGCAGGAUGAUCGUCUUUACAAGUCGUUUAUGAUCUAUUUCUUGAGUACUGUCAUUGACAUUUCGUGCGAUACUAUGCCAAGUGAGCAUAUCCAUGUCAUGAAUGUAAAGGUCGCUCGCCGGUUACUCAAGCUCAACCUGUCUGGCGACCCUCCUUGGUUUCCCUCGGUUCAGCAAAUGCUGGAAAGAGCACGAAAAACUGUCCAGGGGGGUUGGCAGAAAGUCAUGUCGCAUAGCAGCUAUGAGCAUGAUAUGUCAUCUUUGGAAAGUCUGAAAUUUGAUGAAGAUACUCACUGUGCGCUGCUUGGUCUUGAUCAAUAUCUUCAACGAAUCCACAAGCAAGAUGGCCGAUGUUCUCAAGUAUCGAAAAAGUUCUCACCGCGGUCUAGUCUUGUCCAUUACGAGUCUACAGAGCUUCCAAGUUGUGUGAGCCUCACAAAUCCAGGCUAUCAAAUUUACAACCUUGCCUCCUUCGAAGCUUGGGUUGCGUCACACCUUGAUGAAUGGAUCAAGUUACAUUUGGGCGAAGAGGCCACCUGCGGCCGCUUGGGUGGCCUUAUUCAAAGCUAUCAUAAAAUUGCCUCCCCUGUGUACUCUAGCCAUCCAGAAGCCGUUUCAACUAUGCUGCUCACUAUUCUUGAAUUAUGGAUUGCCUGUGACCGCUCUACAACCUAUAUUCAUGGAAUGCUGAAUGAUUACGAUCCUUACAUCCCGGAAGGCAUCUUUGAGUCGCUUCUGCUGCCGUUCACAUCCCAGAUGGAAAGACUUGCCAAUGCCGAAAGUUAUCUACAUAAACGGCGAAAGCACCUCCGACACCCCGGGCCUGGAAUUUUCUUGGAUUUUGGUACACCAUCUUGCUUCUCAGUUCAAUAUUUCAACCAGUCAACUGAGCACCAAAGCUUGCAGGCUGACAUAGAAGCUCUUGCGCAGCGCUGUAGAAGCGAAAAACAAAAUGAGCUUCGUCAGAAGCACCAGAAGUACACUGAGUUAAUGGACCAGGCUGCCCGAAUGGAAUGCGAUUAUCGUGAAGUAAUUGUCGAUCGCCGCUUUGAUUAUCGGGAGUCCCAUCAUAACAAGGAUUCUUGUGCAAGGUGCGCGUGUCAGCAAAAGGCUAGCUCUAUUACAAUCCAUGUUCACGAGUGGCCUCUUCCGGCAAAUCACCUGGCUUCAAAGUCAACUGUUUUUGAAUUGAAUGUACCCAGUUCAUUUGGAUGUUGGCGUGACGCUACUGUCUUCUUCUUGAAUGAUGUUUUGCAGACUGAAUAUGCCUCUAAAGCGACACCAAUAGCCGAGUAUACGCCACAGAGAUACCGGGGCCUUUCAUCCUAUUUCACACACGUUGGUAGUGGACUGCGCGUCGGCCUUCUGUCGGAAGUCAAGCCCCAUGAGGUGACCCAUCGGCGGAAUAAAGAAAUUAUUUGUGUGACGGAAGAAGAUGUCUGUCUCAAUAAUGGACUUCGCUGGCGAUACUACGAUAGCGCAGUUGGGUGCUUUAUCGACAAGUUCACAGCUACACAUGCGAUGGCGAAGUCGUGCAACUAUAAACUGCCCCCGAGAUGCUCGUCUCUCCAGCGGUUCUUGUUCCGUCCAGCGGAUAUCCAUAACGGCCCAUCGCCUAAUACCGUGUUUGCUUCGCAGUCUUCUUCUCCUGUGGACAUGCCACUUGAUGAAUACAAAGCGUUGUGUACACUGCCUCUUGGAGUAGAGGUUCAGUGGCAGAAUAUUCUCAGGCAGCUGGCCAUGCCAUCGGUGGACUUCAAGAAGGUGGAAACAGAUAUCUUUAUCCUUCAGGUAAUUAAUCAGGCCGGACCACCCUUAAGGAACUCGACGUCGAGACGGGGUCACCAGGUUCUUAAGGAUAACAGAUUUGCGUGUACAAUUCUCCAUAAAAUUGAGGAAGCAACAGAACGAUUGGAAGAAAAUUGGGAGUUUGUGCAUGGGCUCAGUAUACUCAUAUUCCUCACACUCCGAGUGGUAUCUUUAUCUCCAUCAACAGAGAUCCAUGAUGCGUCUCUGAAGCGAUUAAGCCAUCUUCGCGAAAUUGCUUGCAAGUGGAUCAACCAGGUUUCGGAAAAAGCAAGCCGCACAGUCGAUGAUGAGCCCCGGAACUCCCUCCUCGCACGAAGUGUUCAUAUCGCGUUGAUCUGCACUGAAACAUUUGACUGUGAGGGAACUUUCUUGGAACGUUCACUCGCCACCUCGUCUGACGCCUCGAUUUAUCUCCGAUGUUGCAUGAUAAUCAAUGAUCGGAAGCAGGUAUUGCCCAUUGAUUCCGACCCCAUAAUCCCGAUUCUACUCCGCCGUUGGAAAUGCCUAGCGUAUCGUUGUUACCCAAUUCUCGCAAGAAAUAUAACCCGUCAUGGGAGCCCGGCCCUCGACACGGCCAUAAAGACGUCUUGGGCGGCGUACUGCGCGUCGUCGAGUUGGUCAGCCGCAUCAAAGGGAGAUGAAAUUUGGCUCGCUAACCGGACAGCAUCUCAGUCGACCAAUAAUAAAAGCCUGCUUGUGCACUUCAAUCUGCUCACAGGUGAGUUGCUCGUCAAUGGUCUCCCACUGGCCCGUCUGCCCUUCGAAUAUGAGUGCCAUGAAACAUAUAAUAGGCUUUUUGGUCGAUCGUUGCUACAAGUCAUGCCGAGUGAUGUGCCUCGAAUGCAAUUUUCCUGUCAGAAGAAACACAUGGGGUACACCAUACACCUGGGAAGGGAACAUAUCCCAAACUCAGCAGACUAUGACCUCUUCGUUCAGGCGAGGAAGGGAGACCAAAUCCAGGAGGUUGUACCUCCAAGGUUGCUGGUUGGCUUGUUCCCCGAUGACUUUGUCAACGAUUAUGUGCACUGGUAUGAUCGAGACGGUGAAUAUGUAGAGUUUCGGCCUGCGAAAGAACCUUGGAUCCCCUCGGAAUUAUACUGGAGACUGCAACAUAAUGGGCUCCAGGACACUUGGUCUCUUGUAAAGGACGGUGUGUAUCUGGUCAAUGUUAGAAGUCAAACCGCGAAACUACUGUCGGAGAUCCUCAAACCCAUCGAAAAACCCGCCAAAGUCCACUGUAUCUUCAACCCCAAGACAUCAGUAUUGGACAUUGACAUUCCCCGUCUCCGACUAAAUUAUAGCCUUCAAUCAGGAUUCUCUUCCAUCCGAUCCCGACAAUACCGUGGGAUGUAUAUUGACGCCGAUCAGUCCCUGGAUACGUUGGUUGGCUUGCGCAAUAGACUUAUCUUGGUUCAUGAGAGCAGUCAUGAUCGCCUCAUCCUUGUACCAGAAGGAGCUGUGUCCUGGAAUAAGGCUAAUGGCCAUGUCGCUGUUCACAUUGACUGGCAGGCAGACACCCGGGUUCAUCCCUAUUUGGUGGACAGACAGCUUGGCCGCCUUGCUGAUAACGGCAGUUUGCAGAGCAAACUAUUUAUGUCCUACCUACAUGCCCUGACGUCGUUCUGCUUGCCUGAUCCUUUGACAAAAAAGACUGGCACCGAGCAGGCUCUGACUAUCCUGUGCUCUGCAGCCGUGAGAUCAUUUGACCAACUGCAGCCGGAGAACUGCACAAUCCUUGCCAAUAUCGCACAGCUAACGCCCAAGAGAUGGUAUUAUCCUGAUAACGAACGCGUCAUGCAGACGGUUCGAUGGUACAACGACCUUGGAUUCCUGGCUCAACAUGCUAGCUUCUAUUUGCAAGUAGUGGAGAUACUUGAACAAGAUCGCCGGAUGGGAAUCUUUUAUCCUGACGAAUUGGUCUCACACCCUUCACUACCGCGCGUGGAAGCAGACCUCCUGAAGCGUGAAAAAAUUCGAACAUCCGCUUUUUGCAUCACUGGAUUCGGCGCAGAGGAUCACACGCUCGAGUAUGAUCGCCGCUAUACAAGCCUCGGCCGCAACCACAACUCGAAUGUAUAUUCUCGUGCCUAUACAGUAUCUAAGAUGAUAUAUGAUAAAAUUCCAUCCGUUCGAAUUAACACAUCUGAGGGACUGGCUUCGUGCCUUUGGCAGUUUCUCGAAGCAUCCAGUACGGUCAAUGGCCCCAAUGUCUCGCUCGACGCGAGGCAGUUGAACUAUGAUGCAGGGCUUAUCUUGAAUCCCACUGAGCUUACAUCCAAGUAUUGGUGCAGCAUUCACCGACUACUUUCCUCAGCGCGCUCCCGACCGAAUAGAUUCCGGCUUAUGAUGUGGCUUGCAACUUUGGCGUUCUCUGAAAAGAUCAGCAUGGUUGUUCUCGAGGCUCUAACUUCAUUGUACAUUGUGCCAGAGAUGGCUUCAAUUUCUCCGCCGGCCAGGGUCUCCUUUGCGCUAUGUGAAGGGACCACGAUAAAGAAAGGCGAGAUGCGGUCUCUGGUUUACUCAGCCGCCCUCAGAAAGACUCCGGAAUCAGAGCUUUUUCCCGCAACAGACGAAACGUACUGGGCAUUUCAAAGCCGCAGAAAUGCUAUUAAGAAAAAGAACAGGGACCGGGCAGUUGAGAAGUUCGUGGCUUACUUGCACAAGAUAUGGCCAGUGCGUGAGCCGGAGCAACCUCACUCCUGGGAUCUUCCAAGGUUGCCAGAUUAUUUUGACAUUCAAAAAGUCAUGAGCCAUGUCCGUGGGAGAUUUACGAUCUGGCACGACAACAUGGAAUUCAGGAGUUAUCUCAACUCCCUUGCAUCUUUAUUGGGCUCCCAGGAAACUCAACUGGUGAACAUGCCAUCAAUGUCUUUCCCAUGCCGCCAAGAACCUCUCACUAGGGGACGAAGAUUUGUUUCCGUUGAUGAUUUACUAGGCCCUCCUCCUGUCUUUGAAAUGAGUCCUCCGCAGCUGUGUGAGGUAUUGGAAACUCAAUCCCCCGACGAAGAGCUGGCUCCUCGCACGUUAAAUUUGGCCAGCACACUCGAAUUGCAAUCCAAGUCGAAGUACGAGCAAGGUUACGUCAAACAAUUGCGGAGCAGUAUCAUGUCAUUACAACAGACAAGUAAGACGCCAAGCAUCAAUAUCGAUGCCAAGAAGCUCAGGGAAGCUUUUUCCAACUAUCAGGCACACUGUGAAAUGUACUCUGGGUAUGUGUAUGCGACAAUCAUGUCGCGAAUGACACUUUCUGGUAGAAAAUCCGAGCUAGAGACUAAGGAGACCACCAUACACCAGAACACUUUGCUACUGCUGCAAGGUAUAGGUUAUUGGCCAAGGAUAUCACCCACCCUACUACUUACUCAACUAGCCCGGGACCGGUGGGAUCAACUCCCCAAGCAAUGGAAAGCCUGUCUGAUCGCCUACGGGCAGUCCAUUACAGCCCUUCAGCGAGCGAAAAGGCUAGCCAGUUUGACAGACCGCCAAGACGACCUUAUUCGUGAGCUUCAAAACCCAGGACACGUGAAUUGGAAACCUCAUGAAUUUCCGGAGUCUCUGCUUCUGGAAAUUGAAAAUGGGAUUCUUAUCCGUGACGUGCAGGAAAAGAUUGCUCAACAGAUGAGAAGCCUCAAUCCGGGAGAGAAUGCCGUGAUGCAACUGAAUAUGGGCGAGGGAAAGUCAUCCGUCAUUGUUCCAAUCGUGGCAGCCGCACUUGCGAACUCAUCGUACUUGGUUCGUGUGCUUAUCGCAAAGCCGCAAUCCCGACAGAUGUUUCAUAUGCUCGUCUCCAAGCUCGGAGGGUUGCUGGGUCGUCGAGUUUAUCACAUGCCAGUUUCCCGGUCUCUGAAGUUUGGAGCAUCUGAAGCAGCGGAAAUCGAACGCAUGUGUCGCGAAUGUAUGUCGGAGGGUGGUGUUCUCCUUGUCCAGCCUGAACAUAUUCUAUCGCUGAAGCUCAUGUGUCUGGAGUGUUUUAAUGCUGGAAAGGAAGCGGUGGGCCGCUCUCUUCUGCGAACCCUAGAGCUCUUUAGGACAGCUUCGCGUGACAUUGUGGACGAAAGCGACGAGAACUUUAGCGUGAAGUUCGAGCUAGUAUACACCAUGGGCACCCAACGACCGCUAGAGCUUAGUCCGCAGAGAUGGACUGUUAUUCAACAGUUGUUGAAUCUAGUGAGGAAAUAUGCUCCGGGCGUCAAGAAGGAUUUUCCUCGGUCAAUAGAGGUGGACGAGCAGCGGCCUGGGGGCUUCCCCAGGACACGGUUGCUUCACAGCGAUGCUGGAAAAGCCCUUUCGGAACGGAUCGCGAAGCAUUUUUGCGACAUUGGAAUUGAUUCUCUCCCGAUCUCGAGGCAGCCAAAGAGGACCAGAGACACCGUAUUCUCAUACUGUCUCGAACCAGAGCUGACUACGGAACAGAUCGCUACGGUCGAAGACGAGGGUCCGGGAGGAUUCUUUACCAAAACUACGCAAGGUCCGCUUCUGUUGGUACGGGGCCUUCUAGCUGGGGGAGUCUUGGACUUUUGCUUCGGGCAGAAGCGCUGGAGAGUUAAUUAUGGCCCCCACACUACCAGAUCUCCACCUACCAAGCUAUCUGUGCCCUACCAUGCGAAGGACAGUCCUGCUCCGCGCUCCGAGUUCAGCCAUCCGGAUGUCGUUAUUGUUCUGACGUGUCUAAGCUACUACUACGCCGGGCUUUCUGACGAGGACCUCUUUCUCGCGCUUCAACAUCUAGUUAAAUCCGAUCAAGCCGACAUUGAAUACCAAGUGUGGAUGCAAGAUGCACCGGACCUCCUACCCGCGUAUUGCCAUCUUAGUGGUAUAAAUCUCGAAGACCGUCAUCACUGCAUUGAACAUAUUUUCCCAAAUCUCCGUUUUUCCAAGGGUGCCAUCGACUACUUCCUGUCUCACCUUGUCUUCGCGAAUGAAUUGAAAGAAUUUCCUGACAAAAUAUCUGCAUCUGGCUGGGACAUCGGGGAGAUAAAAGCUCACCCCACUGUCGGUUUCAGUGGAACCAAUGACUCUCGAAAUACUCUUCCUCUAAGUGUCAAUCAGUUGGAUCUUCCAGAACAAAACCAUACAAAUGCUCUUGUCCUGGAGUAUCUCUUCAGGCCCGAGAAUUCGGUUGCGUUUAUCCCACCCCGUAACGACCCGUCUGUUUCGGGUGCUCAACUCCUACUCAACAUGGUCACGAGUUUAGAUCCAACAACACAGGUCAUCCUCGACGUGGGUGCGCAGAUUAUUGAACUCCGCAAUCUGGAAGUUGCGAAGCACUGGCUAAGAAUGGUACCGAAUGACGGACGUAUCCAUGCGAUUGUAUUUGUCAACGAUAGCGAUGAGAUUUGCGUCCUCGACCGGAAUGGACGUGUUGAACCACUACAAACCUCGCCUUUCUGCAAGCAGCUGGAAGCAUGCUAUGUAUUUCUUGAUGAGGCGCAUACGAGAGGGAUUGAUUUAAAACUGCCACUUAAAUACCGCGCAGCAGUGACCUUGGGCCCUGCUAUUACAAAAGACAAGUUGGUGCAAGCAUGCAUGAGAAUGAGGAAACUGGGCAAAGGGCAGUCAGUUAUAUUUUGCAUUCCAGAAGAAGUCAAAUUCAGCAUCCUCGAGCUGUCAGGAAAAGGCAAUCAGUCGGAGAUUGAUGUCUCCGAUGUUCUUCGCUGGGCGAUAGCAGGGACCUGGAUCAAUACACGACGCAGUAUCCCCUUAUGGGCCGCCCAAGGCGAACGAUUUGAAAGGCAGCGUAUUAUUUGGGAUGAGACCCGCCAUGAGGAUGAACUAGACAUGUCCACAAGCCAAGCUAUAAAGUUCCUCGAGCCUGAAUCGCAGACUUUGGAGCACCGAUACCAACCUCGCCAAGAUGAUGCCCCAAUCCUGAGUACACUUUCGGAUAAAAACGAGAAUCUUCGCCUUAUAUCACAACGAUGCCGGGAGUUUGAUAACCUCAACUUCGCAUCCACCCAGCUUCAGGAGGAACAAGAGCGGGAACUUUCCCCGGAAAUCGAACAAGAGAGACAGGUCCAGAAGCCGCCCGAGGCUGAGCCAGAAAGGCAUACAAUCCAUCCAGAUUUGUGCUCGUUUAUUUCCACAGGGGUAUUCAAGAGUAAUUCUGAUGCUUACAAGCCCGCUUUUAAGUCGUUGGAAAACACAUCUACAGCAUCAUUUUUGGACGUGGCCCAAUUCCCAUCGGAGCUUCUUGUCACGAAUGACUUUGCAACUACUGUCAAAGAGCAGAAAGGGUCAUCUUUUAUCUCGGAUUCCUACCAGCGACCAGUGCAGUGGAUUCUCACGAGUUGUCAGCUCCAGGACCACUCCUCCAGCGAAAGAGUCGCACAGACUGUGGUUAUUAUUAGCCCAUAUGAGGCCGAUCACCUGCUACCGGAUAUUCGAAAGUCGAAAUUUGUUACCCUACACAUGUAUGCGCCACGUCAGAAUCUAGCGUUCUCGUCCUUGGAUCAACUGGCUUUGUACAAUAUACCCGCAACUCCUGCUCCGAUCGAGAUCCCCGAUAUUAUCAAGAUCCAGCUAAACUUGUUCGCCGGGCAGCUGUACCUCGCGUCUUACCGUGAGUAUCAAGAAUUAUGCGAUUUCCUCGGGGUUGCCUAUAUCAAAACGCCGGAUGGUCUGGCCGUCGCGGACGACGGUUUCAUUCUGGGGGAUAAUGAGAAGACUAAUUUCAGACAGAGUCCGCUCAAAUUCCUGGAGACCUUAAUGUCACAAAUACGAAAGGAGUGUCAGGAAAUUGACAAGACGCACGUUGGCAAAAUUGUGGCCGGUAGCAUUUUGUCUCCAUCCGAUUUUCAGAAUUCCGCUGAGAUACCAAUCCGGUCACGUGGGGAAUGAGGUCUUCCGAAUAUGGUAGGUUACGGUCGUGGGUAGGUUUGGCAUGGGAGUCUCACCAACGAUACGUCCGAUUUGCUCAGAUUGUUCGAUGCACCUCAGUGUAUAUGGGUGUCAUACUUGCAUGGGACUAUGUUUUGGGUGCAACGUACGGCAUGAUUCUUAGGGCUUAAGUUGGAUAGCAAUCAAAUCUAUAAUUUCCAUAGGC